AUGCCUGUCUCUGCCUCCCUCCACCAAGAUGGCAGCCAAGAGCGCCCAGUGAGCGUGACCUCCACCUCCUCCUCGUCAGGCUCCUCCCAGGACAGCCGAGAUACCAUGGAGGAGCCUAAUGGCUCUGAGGCUUUGGCCGAAAAUGGGGCAGGCUCCCCAAAGAGCCAGCAAGCCCCCAACAACAACAACAACUCCAGCAGCACGCUGACCAGGAAUGGGCCCUUGUCCCCAUUAAACAACUUGGCCUCAUCAGGGCACGAGCUCAGCUACGUAGGCCGUGUGGUGAGGGAGAUUGUGGAAACGGAGCGGAUGUACGUUCAGGACCUUCGCAGCAUCGUUGAGAGCCAAGAGUUUGAUAUCUACACCCAGUAUUGCAACAACUAUCCCAACUCAGUGGCCGCCCUGACGGAGUGCAUGCGGGACAAGCAACAGGCCAAGUUCUUCCGGGACCGACAGGAGCUGCUGCAGCACUCGCUGCCCUUGGGGUCCUACCUACUGAAGCCUGUCCAGCGCAUCCUCAAAUACCACCUGCUGCUCCAGGAAAUUGCUAAACAUUUUGAUGAAGAGGAAGAGGGCUUCGAGGUGGUGGAGGAUGCCAUCGACACCAUGACCGGUGUCGCCUGGUAUAUAAAUGACAUGAAGAGAAGGCAUGAGCACGCGGUCCGGCUCCAGGAGAUUCAGUCACUGCUCAUUAACUGGAAGGGCCCAGACCUGACCAUCUAUGGGGAGCUCGUUCUGGAGGGCACGUUCCGUGUGCACCGCGUGCGCAACGAGCGCACCUUCUUCCUCUUUGACAAAGCGUUGCUCAUCACCAAGAAGCGGGGCGAUCACUUUGUCUACAAGGGACACAUCCCGUGCUCCUCCCUGAUGCUUAUCGAAAGCACCAGAGACUCCCUGUUCUUCACCAUCACCCACUACAAGCACAGCAAGCAGCAGUACAUCAUCCAGGCCAAAACCAUGGGGGAGAAGCGGAACUGGACACACCACAUCAAGAGGCUCAUCCUGGAGAAUCACCACACCACCAUCCCCCAGAAGGCCAAGGAAGCCAUCUUGGAAAUGGAUUCCUAUUAUCCCAGUCAGUACCGCUACAGCUCAGAGCGGCUGAAGAAGGCCUGGUCUUCCCACAAUGAGGUGUCCACCCAUGUGCGCCAAGGGCGCCGGCAAUCUGAGCCAAGCAGACACCUGCUCAGGCAGCUCAGUGAGAAAGGUAAACAUACAGGGAUGAAGGGGAAGGGACGCAGGGAGUGUGAAGGGUCCAAGAGCUACAGAAGGCCAGGCAGCCGGUCUCCAGGAAGUCCUGAGAAGCACAUGAGCUUUGAGUCCAUCUCUUCUCUGCCAGAGGCUGAGCCAGACCCAGACCCUGGUGCCGAGCAGGAGGUAUUCACUGCCAUGGAAGGUCCCAGCACCGAGGAAAUGCCCUCUGAUGCAGAGUCUCCAGAAGUUCCGGAAAUACACCCAGAGGUUGACCAGGAUCUGCCGGAGAUGGACCAUGUGGGCGACAUGGUGGACUUUGUGGUAGCUGAGAGCACCGAGGACCUCAAGGCCCUGAGCAGUGAGGAGGAAGAGGAGGAUAUAGCGGCUGCUCAGGACCCCGAGAGCCUCCUCCCGCCCUCUGUGCUGGACCAGGCCGGUGUCAUUGCUGAGCGCUUCGUCAGCAGCUUCUCUCGGCGGAGCAGCCUGGCUGUGGAGGAUGGCAAGUCCAGCGGCCUCACGUCCCCUCGGCUGGCCAGGCGCAGUAGCAGUGUGCUCAGCCUGGAGGGCAGUGAGAAGGGCCCAGCCCGAAGUGGCAGCAUCACAGACUCACUCAGCUCCCAGCUGCCCCCAGAUGCGGAUGUGAGGAAGGGAGGGCCUGCAGACAGCAGCCCGUCUAUCAAUGGGACAGAGCCCUCUAGCCCAGGCUGCCCGGUUGACCCUGACUGGACUCGCAGCAAGAAGGAACCGCUGCUCUCCACCCGAGACCGGUUAUUGCUGGACAAAAUCAAGAGUUAUUAUGAAAAUGCCGAGCACCAUGAUGCUGGGUUUAGCAUCCGACGCCGGGAGAGUCUCUCUUACAUCCCCAAAGGGCUGGUGAAAAACUCGGUCUCCAGAUUCAAUAACCUUCCCCCACCAGACCCAGAACCCGUGGCCCUGCUGGGGCCCAAGAGACAGGCAGGGUCCCAAUCGUCUUCAUGCGCCCUGUUUGACCUCCCAGGAUCAAGCCAGGCAAGCACUGAGAACCCAGUCCCCAUCACAGAUGCUGAGUUCCGUCCGUCUUUGGAAAUUUUGAAGUUGUGGGAGGACAUAGAGUCUGCUGUGAGGAGCCCUCCCAAGGGACAAGGCCAGGCCAACGGCUUUGACCUACACGAGCCACUCUUUAUCCUGGAGGAGCAUGAACUGGGCGCCAUCACAGAGGAGUCUGCCAUGGCUUCUCCAGAGAGUGUCUCCCCCACAGAGCAGUCGAGCCAGGCCCAGCUGGCCCGGGAGCUGAAGGAGCUGGUGAAGGAGCUGAGUAGCAGUAGUAGCCUCGGGGAGCUGGUGACUCCCCUACACCCCAGCUUUGUGCAGCUCUCCCACAUGAUGGACAGCCACGUGAAUGAGCGAGUCAAGAACAAAGUCUACCAGCUGGCCCGCCAGUAUAGCCUUCGGAUCAAGAGCAGUAAGCCAGUGAUGGCCAGACCACCCCUGUACUGGAAGAAGGCAGCUUCUGAAAGGAAUGGGAAGAGUUCUACCAUUCCUUGUUUGCAGGAGGAGGCUGGAGAGCCACUGGGUGGCAAAGGUAAGAGAAGGCCCAAGCUGUCCCUCUUCAAUGAUGAGCAGAUGAAUGUCCAGGAGCACUGUCUGCACAAGCCCUGCUCUGCCAGAGAAACCUCCCCAUGGCGUUUCACCUCCAGCUCCUUGGCUGCUGGCCCCAAGACCACCUCACCUGGGGUCCAGUCCUCGAUCAGAAGCCCCCUCAGUCCCUUCGGCACCAGGACCUUCAACUGGCCUGAUGUCCGAGUGCUACGCUCUAAGUAUGCCUCUCGUGACGAGGCGCCCACGACCGAGGGCAGCCGGGCUCACCAUUUGCCUGUCAACCGUAGCCGUUCAGUGCCCGAGAACAUGAUGGAGCCACCUCUGUCAGGCAGAGUGAGUCACUGCUGUAGCUUGACCAGCAAGCGGGGACAGGGAGCUGGGGCCACUGCCCAGCCCCAGCCUCCUGGUUCACCACCCCGGGCUCCUGGUUCACCACCCCGGGUUCCUGGUUCACCACCCCAGGCUGGGCUGGAUGGAAACGAGGACUUGUAUGUAACUGCGGACCUCAUCCUGGAGAACCACCAGAGGGUGAUUGUCAUGGAAAAGGGGCCCGGGCCUGAGGGCCUGGAUGAGAAGGGCAAUAGUCAGGGCCUGAGCUUGCGGGCUGCUGGGGUGGGACAGGGCCAAAAAGAUGUCCAGGAGUCUGGAGACUAUCAGCUGAGGGACGAAGGGCCUAGGGAGCCUGUGGACCCAAGCCAUCAGGGCAGAGUGAGAAACCUGAGGGAGAAAUUCCAGGCCUUGAACUCCAUAGGCUGA